ACGUGGAGAGGGUGACACGGGGAGAGGGUGACACGGGGAGAGAGUGACACGGGGAGAGGGACACGGGGAGAGAGGGUGACACGGGGAGAGAGUGACACGUGGAGAGGGACACGUGGAGAGAGUGACACGGGGAGAGAGUGACACGGAGAGGGGGACACGUGGAGAGAGGGACACGGGGAGAGAGUGACACGGAGAGAGGGACACGCGGAGAGAGGGACACGGGGAGAGAGUGACACGGAGAGGGGGACACGUGGAGAGAGGGACACGGGGAGAGAGGGACACGGGGAGAGAGUGACACGGAGAGAGAGACACGGGGAGAGAGUGACACGGAGAGGGUGACACGGGGAGAGAGACACGGGGAGAGAGUGACGCGGAGAGAGAGGGGGACACGGGGAGAGGAACUCUGGGAGAGAGACACGUGGAGAGGGACACACGUGGAGAGGGACACACGUGGAGAGGGGGACACGUGGAGAGGGGGGGGGCACGUGGAGAGAGAGGGACACGUGGAGAGAGGGACACGUGGAGAGAGUGACACGUGGAGAGAGGGACACGUGGAAGAGGAGGGACGCGAGGAGGAGGAGGAUGGAGGUUGGAGGCGGGGUGGUGGCGCUCGGAGUCUGGGCCGCGCUCUGCUUCUUCUUGAGGCUUGUCGCGGCGCAACGAGACGGGCUCAUGAUGUUGAUUGGGGAGCAGAAGUCGGAGCGAGAGUGUCUGCGGCUCGAGUGCCCCUCCCAGGCCGCGGGCGUCACGCGCCGCCCGCUCUGCGCGUCCGACGGGCGAACCUUCGCCUCGCACUGCGACCUGCGGCGCGCGCGGUGCAAGGACCCCCUCCUCGGCGUGGCGCACCGGGGCCGGUGCAAGGAGAUGUCGCGGUGCCAGGCCGAGCGCUCGCACGCGCAGAAGCAGGCAAGGCGUGAGACCCGCGCCGUCUUCAUCCCGGAGUGCAACGCGGACGGGAGCUACUCGCAGGUUCAGUGUCACAACCUGACUCGCUACUGCUGGUGCGUGACACCCCAGGGGCGCCCCAUCAGCGGAUCCUCCGUGGAGGCCAGCACCCCGCAGUGCACGGGAGGAGCCCCGCAGCGAAUCCGGACCAACACUCACGGCAAGGCCAAUGAGAAAUCGAUCCUGGAUCCGCUCGUCCAUGCGCCUCGGCUGUUGGAGUCUGGAGGUGUGUGGCAAGAUGGUGAUGGUGACAUCACCAGGUAUCCGGGCCGCGCUGGAGCUGCGGAGGAGAGGAACAGGACAGGUUCAGAGAUUCGGGAGCCCACGCUGCUGAAGAGUAACAUUGGGAAGAGAUCGGGCCGCGUGGGAGUGGCCGUGAAGAGCACCGACUCCGUUCUCAGUCACCCCCAUCAUCAUCCACAUCAUCCUCAUCAGCCACAGGAUCAUCAGCAGCAGCAGCAUGCUCAUCAGCAGGGCGCCUCCUGCGAGCUGGAGCGAAAGACAGCCCUGGACCUGGCACAGAAACGUCCCGGGGAAGAUUCGUUCGUCCCCGAGUGUGGCGAUGGUGGGCAGCUGUUCCUACCCGUGCAGUGCUACCUCUCCACGGGCUACUGCUGGUGCGUGUUCGUGGACUCGGGGAGACCCAUCCCGGGCAGCUCCAAGCGGGAUGAGCCCCCGAUCUGCGACGACAACGCGCGCGUGCGCAACGAGGCCACGGACCCCUUCAGGGAGCGACCCAUGCAGGGAUGCCCCGCGCCCAAGAGGGCGGAAUUCAUCACCAACGUGCUGGACGCCCUCACCACCGACAUGGUGAGCGCCAUCAACUCCAGCCGCGGGUCCAGGGUCCCGGAGCCGAACCCCCGGCACACGCUGGAGGAACGCGUGGUCCGCUGGCACUUCUCGCGUGUCGACCGCGAUCGCGACGGCGCCGUGAGCCCCGCGGAGUCGCGCGCGCUGCGCCGGCUCCUGCGGCGGCGCGCGGCCGCACCGCGUCGCUGCGCGCGGCGGUUCCUCGAGUUCUGCGACCUGAGCGGCGACCGGGAGUUGUCUCUGGCCGAGCUCACGGGCUGCCUCGGCAUCGUCACCUCCUCCGCCUCCGCCGCCGCCUCCUCCUCCUCCUCCUCUUCUUCUGUGUUAUUCUUGUCGUCGGCGGCGUCGGCGGUGUCAGCGGGGAGUUCUGCGCACAACGGGAGACUCAAGACCCCAAUCAAGCGACAUGGACCCAACCCCCUCGCGAGCUUUCUGGUGUGAGGCCGGAGACAUGGAGAGUUCAUCGAAAUUCCGGGAGGACGAGGACAAGGGAGGGAGGGAGGUCACGAGGUCAAGGGGUCAAGAUCGCCAGCUCUUCGUCGCACCCUGGCUCAGAGCCUGCCCUGCUGCUCACAAACGUCGCCCGGCGUCGUCCCGGGGCUCCUCGCUCGCUCGAUCGCGAGACUCGAAUCUCGAAACUAAACUUAAAACUAUCAACUUAUUUUUUUUUAUUUCACCAGGUAAGGCCCCGUUGAGCUAGUGUGUGGCUCUUUUUCAGAAGCGACCUGGCGGCCACAAGUGAUGGCCCAACGAAGUGGCUCGUCACCUGGAAAUGUGUAGCGGGCAAAUACUCGAAACGCGUGACGUCGAUUCUAAAUGUGGAGGGAAGAGGAACUUGGAGGACCCGGGGAAAAAUUCACGCGAGCACGGGGGGAGAGAGAGAAAGACACACAACACAUUCCUGUGGAGGGAGCUGGUAGGAACGUUGGGUUGCUCUGUCAAUGGCCAGGGUCAACGGCGGCGUGGUGUAUUCCGCAAAUAUGGCCGACUGUGAGGGCGGGCACCAGCCGGCGUGAGUAGGUUAAGCGUUGAGUUUUAUAAGGGCACCACGGGGUGACUAGCCCCUCCCCACCCAGCCCCACCCCUCCCACCCCCCACCCAGCCCCUCCCCACCCUCCCCACCCAGCGCCUCCCCACCCAGCCCCUCCCCACCCUCCCCUCUCCACCCAGCCCCACCCCUCUCAUUUUUUGGAUUCACGACGGACGGACGGACACAAUAAUCCCCUGUGGGCUGGUGUAACCAGGAGGUUCCUACCAGUAAAAUCCAAAAUAUGCAGCAGGUGCCAGGGUCGGGAUCGAACCGACGACCUCCUGUAUACCAGGCGCAGUGGUUAACAUCUCCUAGCCACCGUUGGCGUGAGGGACCGUGGGUCAGGGCGAAUGUUUGGAGGUUUAACGACAGAUCUGACUGCUCCUACAUCAUGGCAAAUAGGGGUGGGGCGGUCCAUGAUUUUUCUCGCAGGUGAUUUACCGUCAUCAUCACCAUCAUCACCAUCAUCCUAACCAUCAUUAGCAACCGUGAUCGCUCCACUGCUGGAUGGAGGCAUCCGUCAAGUUGUUGUCAACGAAUUUAAGGAUUUUCGUAUUUUUUUCAAUGACUAUGCUGUGAAUGAAAAACUCAACACACUCGUUAAGAACGCUGCCUUAACACCAAAAUACGUAUAUAAUAGGCGACGUUUCAGGCAAUGGCCCUUCAUAGCACGUAAACAGAGAAGUCGGAGAGAUGGAGGUGAUAAUGAGGGUUGGAGACUACUUAACACCAUGGGGCCUGGUUACAUUUACAUUUUUAAAUGUUUGAUAAUGAGCAGCCUUUAAACGGGCGUGCGAAUAGUUACACUAGUAGUAGCUGUUGAGUUACCAAGACCACAUCCUUCAAUAAUCACAAAGUAUUGCUAUAUAAACUCAUUUAUAUUAAAAGUAAAAAAAAACGUAUACAAAUGUUUGUCGGCACAUUGCAUUGUAGGAAAGUUUGUUCUUGUCGCCGAGGGCGUCCAAUGCUGUGAAUGGUCGCGUCACCGAGCGAACGAAUUACGGCACGCGCACACGCACGCACAC